AUGACUCAUUGUCGCUUUUUCCACCGCAGGCAAACACAGAGCGGGAUUCCUCGUGAAAUGGUUUAUGAUCGAAAGCCCCCAAACAAUGCUCCCUUCAACUAUAAUCUGGAAAACAGAAGUAAACUUUGCAGGUUCAACUAUUCAGCCUCUAGAGUUUUGAAUAACCCUCAUGGGCUUGAUUUUCAGCUGCCGGGAUUCAAGGAGUUCCCUCGUGAGAUUCCUGUGAUAUCUGCCUCUGUCAAAAUGUUUGGCCAAGAACUGAUGUUUAUCACCACUGAUGAAAUGCAGGCAUUUAUGAAGAACAUGCAGCAGCAAAGACAAGAUCAGCUGCCCAUGCUGCAUAAGGUUAUCGAAGGCCUUAAAAACAUCAACCAACAUUUUAUGAAAGCUGUGAUGCUAGAUGUUCAGUACGUGGUCCCAACAGUUAUUGGUCUGCCAUUCCAAGCAAGAGCCCAUAGCAUCAUCAUGGCACACGGUUUAUUAAAGGCAAGGACAGAAUUAUCUCAUGGUGAUCUCAGAGAUGCCAAUAUCCACCUUCAAGUUGACAGCAAACUUGCCCUCCAGGGCUACGGAAUGAUUUUCUGGGGAGUGAACACAUACGACAUGCAACACGGUUUGGAAAUGAGAGCCCAGAUCCGUACACAAGGCGUAUUCAACAUGAAUGCCACAGUGGACAUCAGAAACAAGAACUUCAAAUUUGACAUCGCCCCACCCCGUGAUGAUCAGUUUGAGUUGGCAAUGGCAAGCCAUGAGGCACAUACUGUUGCAAGAUACAUACAUUCUGAGAAGAAGGCUUCAGUACUUCCAGAAAGACCUGAAAUCGAUAUUUUGGAUGGAGAUUUCGACUCAGAAAAAGGCAACAUUAAGCAAUCAAGCGAUUCCUACAAAUAUAAGCCCACUUGCAUAUGGGUGCCUUGGUGCAUGACUCAGUUGUGUUUGAAGACCAUCAAGAAAACAAAAGACAUGCCCAAAGUGACUUCUUGGUUGCACUACCUGUGUGAAGAACAUCGAGUGGAGUUUCUCUAUGUACAAGUUGUUCCUCUGGAGAAGAUUCAAGGGGAGUUCCAACUAGGCUCUGGAGCACUGAGGACGAAAAGGGAUGUGAGAGCUUCUGAGGCAGCAAAGAGUGACAGCAGUGACAGUAGCAGCAGCAGCAGCAGCAGCAGUGACAGCAGUGACAGCAGUGACAGCAGCAGCAGCAGUGACAGCAGUGACAGCAGCAGCAGUGACAGCAGUGACAGCAGCAGUGACAGCAGUAGCAGCAGCAGCAGCAGUGACAGCAGUGACAGCAGUGACAGCAGCAGCAGUGACAGCAGUGACAGCAGUGACAGCAGCAGCAGCAGCAGCAGCAGUAGCAGCAGCAGCAGCAGCAGUGACAGCAGUGACAGCAGCGACAGUGACAGCAGCGACAGCAGCAGCAGCAGCAGUGAAAGCUCUGACAUUUCCCGGGAAAAGGGAAGGCAUUCCAAACUUCUUCAAUAUUCUUUCCUGUCAGUGAAACAGCAGCGAAGACAACAGCAAAGUAGCUCCUCCUCCAGCUCCAGCAGCUCCUCUAGCUCCAGCAAUGAAGAAUACACAAAGGGCUCUUCGGAAAAAGUAGCAUCCUUUGCUGUCAAAUGCCUCACUCGCAAUAAGAGACAAUACGGAAUCGUCGGCGACGUUUAUCACGGCUCCUCCAUGCUGAAAGUGACUAUAAGAAACAUCACACGGCCAAGCAAGCCAGUUGUCUGCUUCCAAAGCAUAAUGGUCACCCCUCACAAGCUCAGGACCACUCUAGAAGCAGGCUGGGAUUGCAAAGACUACCAGGUCGCUGCAGAAGUCGAGACGGGUUGGUUUGCUAAAAGGCCAGCAGUUCAGUUCAAGGCUAAACACAAAAGGCUUCCUGCAGUAAUGACGAACUUUGUGGAACAAAUAACUACAGUGAUUCCUGGAGCUGCUUACAUGAUGGGCUACUCAUACAAAGUUCAAAGAAAUCCCUCUCAAGAGGUUACACUGGUUAUAGCUCUAACUGAUCCUAGAAGCUACGCUGUGAUCAUGAGGACACCCACUGUGACCAUCUAUGCUGAAGACUGCAUGAUUCCGUUUUCACUGCCUAUUGGCGACUCUAACCAACCUUCAAAACUCUGGGAUGUUCCAUCAGUGAUACUUGCUAGUCAGAAUGGUGUCUGCAAAAUCGAUGGUCAAAAGAUCUCAACCUUCACUGGACAAAACUUUGACAAAAGAUUGCCUCCAGAUUGUUUCAUGACUUUGUUACAAGACUGUACCUGUGACAAGAAGUUUAUGGUGCUGAUAAAAUAUGAAUCUAAUAAUGCAAACAACAUCCUACUCAAAUUAACCAUCGCUGGCAGUGAAAUUACCCUCAAGAAUCGCAAUGGAAAGAACAUAGUAGAAAUUGAUGGUUCUGUAAUACCAAUGGCACGUCUCCCAGUCAGACAUGAAGAGUUUACCGUUAAAUCAGACCGCAAAGGUGACGAAAUUGUACUUUCUUCAUUGUUUGGAAUUCACGAGCUGAUCUACAAUGGACGUAAUGUUCAGGUAACCGUUACUCCCACUAUCGGAUAUACCUGUGGUCUUUGUGAAGUAUAUGGCGGAAAUGCAGAAAAAUUACGAACACCAAGUGGCUACUCAGCUAAAGAUCCAGAGAGCUUUGCUCAGUCCUGGCUGGUCCCCGAUGAAUGUGGUGGAGCCUGCAAACUGAAACACUCAACUAGGAGACUUGAGAAACCAAUCCGGAUUGGAGAAGAAGAUAUGCAAUGUAUUUCUACUCUACCCGUGUUGAGCUGUAAGGAGAAGUGCAGACCCACCACAACAACUCAGGUGUCUUCUAGCUUCCACUGUCUCUCAGCUGGGGCAACCUUGCCAACUGAUCUGGUUACCCUCGCUGCAAAAUCAGAAGACCUGCUUUCCUCUGUUGAAGCCCACGUAACAUGCAGUUGUGCUGAAGAACAAUGUGAAGCAUAACUUUCCUACUGAACAGAUUAGAAGCCCAAAAUACCGUUUACUGUGGGAGGCCAGUAUGUUAAUUCUAGGCAGCCACACAGAAGUUAAUUGAAAAAGCACUGCUGAGCCAUCUGAAGUCGAGUCAUAACCCUGCAGAA